AUGCGGCCUGCUUGGCGCCAGCACGGUACUCAGCCGCAAAACUCGAAUUGCGAUACUCCGCGUCUGGCCAUCAAUCCGGAACAAUCGCGUGCCCUGGUCGCAUGGAAAAUGAAGUCAUCCUUGCUGCUGUUCAUCGCAGGCCUCAGCUCAGUAGCUCUGGCUAAUGCUGGAACACCUAGCGGAGAAAGCCAAGCCCAUGCCACUAGCAACACACCGAACGCCGACGAAGUCCGCAUCGCUAUGGACAAUGCGCAAGCCGCGCAAGAUCCCUUGAUGAUGGGUGCGAUGCCACCAAGCGACAACGGCGCCUCGCCCCGCCACCGACGGGAGAAGCUACAGCUGCUGAAGAGAAUGGACAAGAAGAGCGGUAAAUGGGGAACGAGCCAUCCGCGUUACCGGCUACUCGAAGCGCUGUGGGCAUAUACGAGGUACCGCGAACGCCACAUGGCUGAGCUGGAUCGCUGGCGGAGUAUGUACAAGAGCGUCAGCAAGAAGCAGAAGAAGACAUUGGAGAACACCAUCGCCUACACGAAGAAGCUCGAUGAACUCGAAGAGCUGAUCUACGUGAAUGCAGCGGUCUCCAAGAGUAUAGCCUUUCACGCCAUGAAGUUCUACGGCAUCGGCCAGGAAGAACUGGACGAGCACAUGAAGCAAGCAGAGCAAGACAAGCGCCAAGCAGACAAGUUUGCGACAGCUCAAACGCUGAAGCAUUACGUACGCGACUGGGCGGACGAAGGUCUGAAAGAGAGAAACGAAGCCUUCCCAUGCAUACUGAGCACCUUGAGCGCCAUUAAAGCAGAGUCAGCCGAGAGCGCACUGCUCAAGGUACUGCUUCCGGGCUCCGGCGUCGGCCGGCUAGGCCACGAUGUCGCCAAUCUCGGAGGCUUCGAGGUCACGAUCAAUGAGUGGUCAAUGUUCAUGAACGUGGGAUACCGGUACAUGGAAGCGCAAAAGGAUGCGCAUGCGGUGACCAUACACCCAUUCAUCGACGGAAUGUCGCACCAUGCUACGAAGGCCGACAUGACCCGGAGUGUAACGGUGCCCAACAUCGCCCCCAACCCUGGUGUUCUGCUCGUCGAGGGCGACUUCAACACCGCAUUCAACGAUCAACCAGGUCACUACGACAUCAUCGUCACCCAUUUCUUCAUCGACACGGCGCGCAACCUCAUGGCCUAUUUCGACACUAUCCAGAGGCUACUGAAGCCCGGUGGUAAAUGGAUCAACUUCGGCCCACUCCUGUACGGCACCGGGCCUUUCGUGCAGCUGAGCUUGGAGGAGAUUGUCGACGUUGUUGAAGAGAUGGGCUUUGAGUUCGAGGAUCUGGGCGACGAGUGCGGCGACCUGACGUUCGAGGGCAAGAAGGUUCGGAGUAAAGAGGCAGAGUACGGGUUCAACCGGAGAGCGUUGACGCGCUACGCAUACCUGGCGCAGGUUUGGAUAGUGAAGAAGGUGUGA